GUGAAGAAGAAGCAGCAUAUUCCAUUAAUCCAUUGCAUUGCAUUGCAUUGGGGAGUGGUUUUGUUUUGUUUUGUUUGUUUGUGAUGAGGAAAUUAAGAUGGGUAAUGGAUGGAGGAGGGUUUUGGGAUUUGGAUGUUUCAACUCCAAAAACGCUUGAUGGGUUGGCAUGUCCUGUGCCUGGUGACCCUCUUCCUUUGGGUUUAUCACGAGGUACCAGACUUUCUAGACCCAGACAACUCCAUUUCAUGCACCUUUUCAUGUAUGCCCCUCUCAUUCCCUUCUAUGCCAAACCUCAUGGCUUCUCUCUCCACCGUGUUCUCACCAUCCCCUUUUCUGAUAACUGGUUUGUAUUUUUACUGGGUCAGUUCAAUUUGCAGAGAUUUAUUUCAUCUGUUAAGAGCAGUGAGGAAAAACCAGCUCGGCUUUCCUCUUGGUUAAAAACCUUUGGGAGACACCUACAGCAGAAAUCCUUGUAUGCCCUUGGCUUCUGUUCAGAGUUCCAGUUAACACCGGAUGAUACUUUACUUUUUGGCUUAGAUGGAUAUGACUAUACCGAUAAGCCUCGUGGGAAAGCUGUCCUUCAUCACAAGUUGCCACAGCAUGAUCUAACGGUGGAGGCAGUUUAUCCUGGUCUUUUUGUUGAUAAGACUGGUAAUUACUGGGAUGUACCAUUUUCAAUGGCAAUUGAUCUUGCUUCUGUGGCUACCAAUGACUCUUCCACUGCUUAUCAUUUGUCUGCACGCUACAACUCAGGGUCACCAGAGCAGUUUGAAAAUAUUCAAAAUCGAAGUGGUGGAGUACCCCAUACUCUACUUCCAGGUUUGGCCUUCAAAAGUGCUUUUUCGUGCAGGAAGAACAUCAAUAUUUGGAGAAGUGAAGCUCGUAAGUUGAAAUUAGUGCAGCCGUAUGACUUGUUUCUUUCAAAUUCUCAUGUGUCUGCCUCUGGGAUUAUUGGCGCGGCUGCAACCACCGCUUUUGGGGAUAAUUCGGCAAGAGCACAAGUAGACGAUGAUAGACAAGGUUCUGCUGGAUUUUUUCUCCAGCCUUUUGGAUUGAAGUCUUCCUUUCUAGCAGACAUAUUUGCGUCCAUUUCGUUUACAGCCCAACAUGGAAACUUCCAAAGGCUUUUUCUAGAUCUUACACGAUUUCAGGCCCGGCUGGAUUUUCCUUCUGGUUCCAAAUUUCUUUUACGUGCAACAGAUAUAGCUCAAGAUCUUCUCAAUUCUCAAAAGCCUAGCAUGGAAGCUGUUCAAGCUAUUUUCCCCAAUACUACCUUAUCUCUUCAGCAGCAGAUUGUUGGUCCUGUCAGUUUUCGAGUUGAUUCGGGAAUAACAGUUGAUCUGAAUAACUCUCACUGGCAUAUACAUCCACAGGAACCUGUAUUUGCUGUUGAAUAUGCGUUGCAAGUACUUGGUUCUGCAAAAGCAGUUGCUUGGUAUUGCCCCAAGCGCCAAGAGUUUAUGGCAGAACUUCGUUUCUACGAGACAUAAAGUCAUAGCCAUUCCUUAAAUUGCAAAAUACUAUGGUCAUUGAAGCAAGUUGGUAAAUGGUCCAUUAAUUUUCAUGCUGCCCUAUGGCAUAUCAAUAUAUUCAUGCUUCUCAAUUUCUAUGCAAAUGGUUAUUUCUCUUGGUUUUUCUUUCUCUAUUUGGAUUGUAGUUGUGGGAAUGGAAACAAGCGUAA